GCAUCGUACAUACCCAAACCCAAUCUUUUAAUUUGGUUUCACAGCCUCACAUUAUCGCACAAACAGACAAUCCACUACUCUACACUCACAGCGUCAUCUCCUUCUCCGCGCAGUCGUUCCACUGUUCAGAGUUGCCAAGGCCACUCCUCCUUCUCCGCCGUCGAAGCCAACCACGGUUUUCUCCUAACUCACAGAGUCUUUUUGUUUUGUUUGCUUGCAGUUACAAAGGCGUUCAUAUCAUCUUCAUCUCAUGCAUCUGUUAUUGCACCAGCAGCAUCAUGUUUACUUUAUGUUUCGGGACACUCGUUGUAUAACAAAUCAAAAGCAGCGUUAUGUGGGAGUCACAGUAACAUCGUUGAGACGCAAUUCAGAAAGAGAAAUUAAACUGGCCAGAGACAGAGUAAUAGAUUUCGGAAAAUACAAGGGGAAGAUGUUGGGAAGCCUUCCGUCAAGCUACCUCAAGUGGGUUUCAAAAAACUUACGAGCACGCGAGUUUGAGGAGUGGGCAAUUCUUGCAGAUCAAGUCCUUCUAGACCCAAUCUACAAAGACCGCAUUGAGUGGGAAUUUGCUCUUAAUGUGUUAAAUGGUAACAACAUUUCUUCUGGUGCUGCUAAAUCCAUUGGAGCGGCAGAUUCUGAGCUCCAGAAGAUAAGCGAGAGAUUUGGUUGGGAUAACCUUGACAAAGUUGGUUGGAGCAAAGUUGAUUUCGACCUUCUCGGCACUUCUAAAGGAGGGAGAAUUCCGAGACUUGUCAAUUUCAGCGACAGUGAUGCCAAUACCAACACUCAACCUAACCAACCACCUGCUACUAGUAUCAUUGGUAGUAACGGUAGUAACAGUAGUAGUAGUAGUAGUAGUAGUAGUAGUAGUAGGACUAAGAGGAUGGAGAGAAGAGCGAGACAGAAAAUGAGAUCGAGGACGACAAAUGAAGCACAACAACAGAAGGACGACAAUGUGGUUGAUAUUGAAGAAGUUGAAGAUGACAACAUUAAUUUAGCCAUUGUCAAUCCAUUCCCCGGACGUCAGGCUCUUCUCCGUAAGGCCAUCAACCAUGGCAGCAUCCUAAGCUAAACUCAACUUUAAACAUGUCAUGCCAUGCCUUUCUUUAUUCUUUUCUAUCAUGUAAUGUAAUUCCAAUUUUCAGUUUUUCCAAUAUAUAUCUCUUUUUUUUGCUC